CCUAGGGUUCCGACCAUGUCCUCGUCGGCGCCGCCGCCGGCGCCGCCCCCCUCCGCGCCCCCGCCCACCGCUCCCCUCACCGGUACCCCCAUCUCGGUGCACCCGCCGCCUCCCCAACCAAAGCCGCCCCCGCCUAAGCAUCCGCCUGGUUCCGCCCCGCCACCGCAGCAGCACCACCACCACCAACACCAACCGCAGCCGCCGCAUCAACAGCAUCAGCAUCAGCACCAGCAGCAGCAGGCCCCUCCACCCGCCUCGCAUCAGCAGCGGCCCAGGAUCUGCUUCAACUCGCACUGCAAGGACCCCAAAUCCGAGGGCCAGCGCCGCCGCGGCUGGCGCCUGCGCUCCGGCGACUACGCCGAGCUCUGCGACCGAUGCUACGGCUCGUUCGAGCAGGGGAUCUUCUGCGAGACCUUCCAUUCCGAGGUGGCUGGAUGGAGGAACUGCGAAGCGUGCGGGAAGAGACUACAUUGUGGAUGCAUCGUCUCGGUCCAUGCCUAUGCGCUGCUUGAUGCUGGAGGGGUUGACUGUAUCCUCUGCGCUCGCAAGUCAUUUGCUGCAAUGGCACCAAACCCAAUAUGGUCAACAGCUCCUACUGUGCAUAUGCCUCAGAAUGUAGCUGACAGAAAAGACAAUUAUGCCAAGAGUUGGAGACCACCUCCCGCAGGACAAGUUUCAAGUCAGUGGCGGCAUAAUGUGUGGAGUAUUUCCAGUGUACAGUCCGACUUGCAGCAACGCCUAGCUUAUGAGUUUGAUAGGCCUAGUGGCAGUGAAAAAUUACCUCCGGGGCGCACUUUUAUUCAUGCCCAGGAAAAGAAAUCCGAUGACAUGCAUGACAGGCCACCAACACCUGCCGGCAUGAACCAGAUAGUAAGGGACAGAUAUGUCAAUGGGCACAAUCAGCAAACAAGCCUGGAUCCACCACACCCUUCUACUCUCUAUCAAAGAGAAGCACCAAAUCCAAAUGCCCUUCAUGAUCCUAGUCAGCAUGGAGGAGAAAGCGACCCUUUGUCUUCAAGGAAAGGGAUAAUUUCAGAUGGUGCUUCCACUGUAUCUACUGGCUUUAAGGUUGAUUCACAUCAUCUACCCAUUAUAAAGGACAAUGUGUCAAACACCCUGCCUACAUCAGGGGGCUAUACUAUCACCAAUUAUCCACCAGUAGCUGGACGAAGCGACCAUGUCAGAAUUAUACCACAUGAGAAAUCACAAAUGCCCACCACAGUGCCCAUCUCAGUAGUGCAGAAACAGUUCUAUUCCCAUAGUGUGAUUGAACCCGACUACCAAGCGCAAUUCCGCACCGGAAAGCCCAGAAUAGAUCCAAAGGCGAGAUCUCAAUUACUUCCCCGCUAUUGGCCUAGAAUAACAGACAAAGAGCUACAGAACUUAUCGGGAGAGUAUCCAAAAAGCUCUACUUCGAAUUCUGUUAUUACUCCUUUGUUUGAGAAAAUGUUGAGUGCCAGUGAUGCUGGUCGAAUUGGUCGUUUGGUGUUGCCAAAGAAAUGCGCUGAGGCAUACUUCCCUCCAAUUUCUCAGCCAGAAGGACUUCCCUUAAAAGUUCAGGAUGCCAGUGGUAAAGAAUGGGUGUUCCAGUUCCGUUUCUGGCCCAACAAUAACAGCAGGAUGUAUGUAUUGGAGGGUGUCACACCUUGCAUUCAGUCGAUGCACUUACAAGCAGGCGAUACAGUAAGCUUCAGCCGAAUAGAUCCAGAAGGAAAGCUGGUCAUGGGAUUCAGAAGGACAAAGACUCAAGAACAGAUAUUCCGUCAGGAAGAACCAACAAAGCCUGGGACUGCUGCCCCAAAUCUUCCAGAUGCUAAUGUUAACGCCACUGCUCCAGAUUCUAGUCCGAAUGCUGCAUUAGCCCGACCAAAUAAAGUCAACACAGAGAAUAAAGACUCUAGCCCUGUAGAACAAGCAUCUGUCAGUAAAAUGGACAAUGAUGGAGUAGCACAGAAGGAAGGGCCAGGAACUGUUCGUUCUUCCCCUGGACCUGUGAAGAGAAAAGCAACUUCCGUUGGUCCAAAGGUUAAACGGUUCCGGAUUGAUAACGAGGAGUCCAUGGAAUUGAAGAUAACAUGGGAAGAGGCUCAAGAAUUGCUUCGCCCUCCUCUGAAGGCCCCUUCGAUUGUUAUUGUUGAUGGCCAUGAGUUUGAGGAAUAUGAGGAGCCACCUGUACUUGGGAGGAGGACAUAUUUUGUGACUGACCAAUCAGGUGAGAAUCAUCAAUGGGCUCAGUGUGAGGAUUGUUCCAAAUGGCGGAAACUGCCAGUAGGCGCCCUUUUGCCCUCUAAGUGGACCUGUUCUGAUAAUAAAUGGGACCCUGAAAGGACUUCUUGCGUAUCUGCACAAGAGGUGAGCAUGGAGGAGCUUGCUGAACUGAUUCCCAUAAAAUCAGGUGCUGCAAAGAAGCCUAAAGCAAGGGUAGAAAUUGACAGUAUUGAUGUUUCGGAUGGGCUGGACACGCUAGCGAACCUUGCCAUUCUUGGUGAAGGUGAAUCUCUUCCUUCCCAGCCAACAACAAAGCACCCCCGACAUCGCCCUGGUUGCACGUGCAUUGUGUGCAUUCAACCUCCUAGCGGGAAGGGCCCAAAGCACAAGCAGACUUGCACCUGCAACGUCUGUAUGACGGUGCGCCGCCGUUUCAGGACACUCAUGCUUCGGCGUGAAAAACGCCAGUCUGAGAAAGACUCGGAGGGACCUCGGCAAUCUCGCAAAAAAGAGCUAGGCCAGUCCAGCGAGUCCGUUCUGCAAACUGAAUCUGAUCUUCUGCCUGGUAUCACCAGCCCAAGUAGCUCCCUUCAGAAGGUGGACACAAAUGCUGAUGAUGCUGAAGACACUGUUGAGCAUAGCAUGUCAUCCUCUCCUAUGAAGAACCAGAUUGACCUGAACAUCCAGCCUGAACGGGAAGAGGAUCAGUCACCAAAAUCCAAUGCGGUUGGUGCCUUGAGACUUCCCCGAGAUAAUCCAACCUAGGGUGGCUUGGGCGGAUGAAGGUCCAUCAUACUGGCAAGAGUUGUCAUAGAUAACAGAUUUGAGAACUGUAUACAGAUGAAGAAAUCCGGUUGACGGAGUUGUAGUGUAGAUGUUAUUACUUUUCCAUACAAAAGAUCUAGUUCCCUGUCGUCGGGGCCGAGUUAUCCGUGUUGAUGUUAUCAUGCAUACCAUAGAUCAGGCGGUUGGUGCUGUAGAACCCGUAGGUGUUGCCUACCGUGUAUGUAUGUAUGUAUGUAUUGUAAGAGCAGCGCUCUUCGGCACCUUGUAAGCUGGAUGUCUCUUUAUUAAUGUUCCGAGACCAUCGCAA